AUGGAAGGGAAUGCCUUAAAUAUAGAUCAAGAAAAUUCGAAGAUCGCUGGUGCUGCAGCUGAUUUGUUUAGCGAUUCUAUUGAACAGAGUCCAUUCGAUAGUCUUGUUAACGAACAGACAACUGAUUAUUCUUCACAAUACGAUUAUAAUAAUAAUUCAAAUGCUUUGCUGGAAGAUACUCGUGGCACUGUAACUAAUUCAAUGGAUACUCAACUGUAUGGUGGUUUUGAUUAUAAUUAUCAUGAUGGACAGUACGUUAACGGCACUACGGAGAGUAUAACUUCUCCUCAAGCAAAUACUACUCAGAACCAACAUGACUAUACAGGAUAUGGUUAUGAUUCUGCUUUGUAUACCAAUGGUCAAGAUAAUUCGCAAUAUUACUAUUCACAACAACAGCAAUAUUAUGAUCCUAGUCAACAACAAUACGAUCCUUAUUAUUAUCAAAACUACAAUUCAAACCAAAAUUAUGACCCGAAUCAAACGUAUAAUCUUAAUCAAUCAUUCGAUCCUAGUCAAACAUACGAUCAAAGUCAUUAUGAUCCUUCUUUAUAUAACCAAGAUCCUUCGGCGUAUUAUCAAUAUACUCAACAAUCGUCAGAAAUUAAUGAUUCAAAUGAAGCCAAUUUACAAAAUCUUACACUUGACCCAAAUUCGAAUGAAGAACUUUCAAAUUCAAAACAAAAGGAAGGAAGUGAGGAUACAUUUAAUAAUAGUAAUUGUAUCCUAAAUAAUACGGAUACGAAUAGUGUGGGAGAAGUAGGUUCAAAGUAUGAUGGAUCAAAACAGAACAUUGAUGACGCGUUAAAGCUGGAUGCAAUACCGUCAACUACUUUUUCCGAUACCUUUAAGAAAGAUAAUGAAAAUUGCGACUUUUCAUCAGAUAGUGACAAAAAAAUUAAUGAAAAUAAGGAAACGUUCGAGCAUUCUCCAACUAUUAAUCAAGACAUUGAUCCUGAUUUCAAAUUUCUAACUAUAUCAUCAUCGAGCGAUUUGACGUCAUCACAUACUGAUAAUGUUGCCGCAGUUACUUUGGUCGAAACAAUAGAAACAAAUCAAGAGAGUUCACAAUACACAGUUACUUCUUCGGAAAAGAAAAAUGAUUCGCGUUCUAAUUCUCCUGCAGAAAAAGAUAAUGAAUUGAAUGGAUUGGAAAAUGAGGACCAAGAAGUAAAUAUCACUUACGGAGAUGAUCGUGAUAUUUUUGAAUAUCAGCCUCAAGAGUUGGAGAACCACCCGAAAUCAGAAAUUUCACAGGUUGAAAAAUCUGUUUCAUCAUUAAUAGAUGAGUCAAAAAUAAUGUCUGAAGUUUCUGCUCCCGGCGAGACAGAAGAAAUUAAUGAUAAACCGAAUGAUGAACCAACUAAAUUGGAUGACUUGGACGAUUUAGUUCUAGGGUCAGCUAAUAAAUCUGGUAAUUUAGAAUUAGAAGGAGGUAACAUUCAUGAAGGACACUCAAUUCCAUCGCAAAAUAACGAUACGACAGCUCUAAAUUCUUCGUAUCAGUAUGAAUAUUCUGGUCAAUAUAAUUAUGGAUACGAGCAAUGGGGUUCAAAUGAUGAAAAUUACCAGUCUCAAGGGUAUGAUCCUAAUCAUCCCUCGGGAGAUGUUACUCAUACGGAACAAUUGAAUUAUCAGUAUCAAGGAUAUGAUGCUAGUCAAACUACAAGAGACACUACGACGGAAACAGAUCUAGCUAAUUAUCAAUAUAAUGGAUAUGACUCAAAUCAAACUGCAGCAGAACCUCCUAUCACUGAAAAGGAACAGACUUCGUAUCUAUAUUCUUCUUAUGACACGAGUCAAGCAGGGGUUGAUAAUAUAGUUGCUACAAAUUAUCAAUAUCCUGCAUAUGAAGCUAAUCAAUCCACUGCGAUAGAAACUGUCGCCGAAGCAGAUCAAUCGAAUUAUCAAUAUCAAGGCUACAAUAUGGGAGAAAUUGCUGUUAAUGGUAAAGAUGGACAGGGACAAUUUAAUUAUCCGUAUCAAGGACAUGAGACUGGUCAAGUUACAAUAGAUAAUAAGGAUGAAACAAGUCAAGCUAAUUACCAAUAUACAACUUAUGAUGCAAGUCAAGUUAAUCAUCAAACGACAAGUCAAGCCACAGUAAACAACAAGGUUGAAACAGAUCAAUCUAAUUAUUAUCAAGGAUAUCAGCAUGUUAAUUCUCAUCCUUCACAAACUUCUCCUCCCCCAAUGUCUCCAUCUCCAAAAGGAUCAAACUUAAUAUCCUGCCCAUAUCCUCAAUGCGGGGGAGAGAAUAAAAGUACCGCUAAAUUUUGUUCAGAUUGCGGGAUGCAGAUUAACAAUAAUGUAAUGCGCUCAAUAACUCCCGCAAUUAGCAUCUCUGAAGUGACGAACACUGAGAUUUAUAAUAAUGAUGCGAAUUCCAGACAAUAUUCAGCAUCAUCAUUUGCUUCAUACGGAAAUCAUGACACACAAUACCUAGAAAGAGAUUCUGGUGUCGUAUUGGAUCCACUACAGUCAGACUAUCAACAACAUUAUGUUACUGAUGAUGCGAAUGCUGCAAAUGACCCUUUGGGAAGAACUAAGGGGUGUCGCCCUAUUAUUGCUUUAGGAUUUGGAGGAAAAAUGUUUACAAUGUUUCCAAGAACAGUUCAACGUUUCACUAGCGCAGAUCAAAGUACACCCAUUACUAAAUAUGCACCUGGUGUCUUUACUGUUCGUGUUCUCAAUGACAUCAUUCCUGUAUCAGAUAUUACCGAUUUUCCAGGUCCUUUGCUUAUGGAUAAUAACAGAGGUGGAGUAAAGGCUAAAAGGAAGAGUGUAUUAAAAUAUUUAAAUGAUCAAAUUCAAGUAACUGAAACGAAGUUAAAUUCCUUUAACGGAGAAGAAAUUGAAAAGAGGGAAUUAGAAAUGAUUAUUAUUAUCUGGAAUUUAUUUAAAAUAAUGUUCGAGAAUGACGGCACGUUAAUUGGAAGUUCAAAAGUUGAAGAACUUGUUCGUAACAUUUUAGUUCCUUUCGCAUCUAAAAGUGACAAUGAUGAAGUAAACUUUACAGUUCCUGCAGACACAAGUUUUGAAGGUUUAUCACAAAUAUCAGAAUUGACUUCACUCACGUAUUCUGUUUCACCAAAAGCUGUCGACAAAUUACAAGAGCUAUUGUUGAAAGGAGAUCGUGUUGUAGCAAUAAAUCAUGCAAUGAAUGAAAAUUUGUGGGCUCAUGCAUUGAUAAUCGCCAGUUGUGUCAAUAAGGAUUUAUGGAAAGAGGUUGUUACUGGAUUUAUAAAACAUGAAAUGGGAACUCAAAAAGGAGAUUCCUCAGAAUCAAAUGGAAGAGAAAGUUUAAGAGUAUUAUAUUCUUUGUUUGCCGGUCAAGGACAGAAUGCAGCUAAGGAAUUCCUUCCGUAUAGUAAUUUACUUAAUCGAGUUACUCAAUCACCAGUUUCAGCAAUGAUUCCUACGUUACCAAAUGCAUCACAUUAUAACUCUAAUACCAAUCCACCAUAUGUUGGUGCUUCAAUAUCAACGUCACACUCAUCCUCAUCAGCUCGUGAUGUUCCACUUGAUAGUUUAGUAAAAUGGCGAGAAACAAUAGCAAUGAUCUUGGCUAAUCGAGCACCGGGAGAUAAUCAGGUGAUUUCUGCUCUCGGAGACAUGCUUAAAGAAUUUGGAUGGAUUCAUGCUGCACACAUCUGUUAUAUGUUAUCCCCAAAGGUGUCUAUUAUAUCUGGCUUUGAUGCACCGAAUGUUCGUUUCACACUACUGGGCACGGACUCACAUAAUCUGCCCAUAAGUAAUUUUCAUAAUUGGCAGUCUUUGCGUAUGACCGAGAUAUAUGAAUUUGGACUUUCAUUGAAUAAUAAUGAUGGUGGAUUACCUCACUUACAGGCAUAUAAACUACUUUAUGCAUGGUGGUUGGCCGAUUGUGGUUAUUUGAAUGAAUCAAGAAGAUAUUGCGAAUCUAUUGCAAACAUUGUAAAGGUUUAUACUAAAGGUUCACCGUAUUUCCACGGCUGUUUCUUACAAAAAUUAAAGGAUUUAACACAAAGGUUGCUUGAACAUGGAGGAAAUAAUAAUGGCGUAAAUGAAACAUCAUCAUGGCUUUUUGCAAAAAAAAUGCCAAAAGCGACUCUUGACUCCUUAUGGGGUUCAUUAGAAGGAAAAUUCCACAAGUUUGUAGCAGGAGAUACGGUUGAUGAAAAUGUGAAGAAGACAUCAUUUUCAAAUACUAAAGAAGCUGUCGGUCCAUUUUCGCAUUUCAGUUCCAUCACCCAUCCUACUUCUGAAGUGCCAUCACGUAGUGCGUCUGCUUCAGAUUUUCGUUCUAUUCCUAAUCCUACUAUAGAUACGCGUCGUGCAACUACUCCAAACGCGAUAAUUUACAAACAAUUAAAUGGAAAUCAGCGAAGGUUGUCAACUCCUACUGGUGUACAGUAUGAAUCGGUCAAUAGUGGUUAUAAUAAUAAUUUUAGUCCUACCACAUCUGAUGGACAAAAUACGAUGUCUUCCGUUCCUGAAGGAGGUUCUAUUGGAACAUCUCCGACGGAUAUUAAAAAUGAGCAUAAUAAUUGGCAAUCUUUUAAUAUUGACCAGCAAUAUAACGGAAAUUCAAAUGAACAACUUUCAACGCAAUCAUACAACUAUUCAUUAUCGGACAGUUCUAAUGCCGAAGCAAAUAACAAACAAAAGCAACAAGCCAUGUAUCCAUAUUAUCAACCAUUAGGAAAUAAUACAUCUACAUACACCAAUGAUUCUGCAUGGUGGAGUAAUCCAAAUGCUGAUUCCACUGUAGAUCAAAAUGUAGACCAAGCACAAACUGAUGUUGUUGGCGGAAGUGAAUUCAUAUCUCCAAUGGACAGUAGUGGUUUCACAUCAUUUUUCUCUUCUCCGGCUCCUGCGCCUGUAGUUGCAACUACGAAAGAUUCUUCAAAUCAUAAUAAUGAUUUUGAUAAUGUCGAUGAUGAUUUGGGUUUAGGAAACAAUGCAUUCGGAACCAAGAAUUAUGAUCAAACCGCAGAUUCUGAAGUUGACACAAAAACUUAUGAUAGUGAAACCAAUAAUAAUACUCCUCAAACAGAGAAACAUGAAGCAAAACAGGAGGAUAGAAAAGAAGAAAAGUCGGGAUGGUUUGGAAGAUGGUUUGGAAAGAAAGAAAGUGGAGGAAAAACUGCUAAUUUAGGGGAAGAAAGCUCGUUUUACUUUGACCCAGUUCAAAAGAGAUGGAUUAAUAAGAAGGCUGGUUCUGAGACGAGUAGUGCUUCGACGCCUCUGCCGCCGCCUCCACAACGUUCGAAAACAACUUCACCACAACGUUCACAAUCGUUGAUGAGUUCAAAUAGCAGGCAGUCAUUACCACCUAUAGAUAAUAAAAAUUUUACAGGUCCGCCAAUUAGUGCUACUCCGCCUCCACCAAAUAAGGGCGGUCGUGCAUCAAGCGCAAGCAUGAAAAAAAGAGCUCGAUCAAAAUAUGUAGAUAUAAUGAAUCAACCACCACCUAAUUAA